GGUAAAAUGCAAGUUAGUUCACAUGACUAUUAUGAAGGAUGCGGUCGCGAGGGACAAAUUCGUUGUAUAUUCCUCAGUGAGUUCCAUGCGACAGCUGGUUGCAAAAUCACCUGCCAGGUGCCCGCGGACUAUGUUAGCAAAGAAGUAUUUGAUGCGAUUAAUGUGUACAUCAUACCGAAACCUCACCUACAGCGCUGUAUACUAACAGUGAAUGCGAUGGAUGUAAAAAUAGUGGGUUAUCCAGUUGGUAUUGAGAAUCAGCAGAAGUAUGCGCGUAAUGCGUUCCUAUUCAAUUUAUGCUUUGUAUGCGACUCGUGGGCAAGAUCAGUGCAGUAUGAACCAGUGGUAAAAAAAUUAUCAGAGUAUUUGAUAAUGAUGGAAGAAGAGUCGUGCUUCUUGUCGAGAGAUGGCGAUAACAAGAUGAAGUUGCAAAAAAUAUUUGAGACUGUAAUAAAGGAUUUGAAUGAAAAGAAAGUAACUACAAUUGUGGAAGGAGAUACUACAAUUUAUUUAAAAAUAGUAACACAUAAACCCGACCCACCUGUUGUAAAAGAUCACAUGGUGCCUUUGCUAUUAGUGGACUUUAAAAAUACACCUCUAGAUAAAUGGGAUUUAACUACGCAACAGAUCUUCCCAUACAUUAAUGGGAUCAAUCACAUUGCACGAAUAGCGGCCGAAGCAGAUGUAGAAACUAAUUUGGUAAAAUCCUGCAUACAAAAUUUGGCUUAUUAUGGUGUUGUACAUCUACUGCCUAUACUCAAGUAUAGCAACGUCUAUAUGUGCACGCAACAUUUGAAGAGUUUAAUUAAAAUUCCCUCAUUGAGUCACGCCUGCCGCAAAUAUGUUGCACUAAAUCCUGAUAAGUCACAUCCAUCAAUACAGAAAAUCUUUCAAUUUUACGCAUCAAUGACGCAUGGCGUUACACUUCGUGCAAUUUGUCAACGCUUGUGUCCACAAAAUUACAACAUCGAUGAAAGAAAACUAGUCAUAUUUGGUUUGCAACAUAAAUUCAUUCGCUGCAUUCACAAAUAUCCUGUGUUUACGGGUUCUGUGCCGUCAGGGCGUCAAAAAAUGUAUACAGGACUUUCGAGCUUUGAUGAGAUUUGCUGUAAAACAGGCCUAUCGCCAUUUAAUAUUGAGAAGGACAUCGAUAAGGAUACUAACGUGACGGUAAUAUGGAAAUAAGGUAGCACUUUGCCGUUUUUGGUUAAAACUUAGCCCGUUUAAUUAACUCCUUACUGGAGAAUAUGCAUUAAUUCUACAAUGUGCAUUAAGUUUUGAUUUAGAAUUAAGACUAUAAAUACGUUGCGACAUAUUUUAAAGGUUAAAAAUAUUUUUGAAUAUUUCAAACAAGAAAAUGAAAAUCAGUUAAAUGGUAAGUUUUGUCUUCAUUUUAAUUAUGACUUCACUAAUUUUAAUCACUUAACUAGUGUUUUGAAAUCGCUGUUAUAUCUAAGAUUUUAUAAAAAUAGAAAAAAAUCUAUCGAGAAAUCUUCUGGAUUUAGAUUUUGCGAUUUUAAGAGUAAUAUUUUAAAGGAACAAGUUUUAACUGAAAAAGUCAGAAAUUUCAGAAAAUCUACUACGAAAUAUUUAGUUAGGUUUUCCACAUUCUAAAAAAGUAAAAUUGAUUCUUUAUAUGCGAGUUAUUGCGAAGUCCACCACGGUUGGAAAAAUUCGUAGCUUCGAGUUUCGUGUAAUCUACGAAAAUGCUAUCAGAGAAUCCGAAUGGCUAAGAACGAAAACUCGACAUUCGUAGAGAGCCUUCACUGAAUCCGCUCGUAAUGAAGAUUCGUACAGAUACUCUACGACGAGUUUAUGCUGUCGUAGCAAAAUUUAAAAUCAUUGAAUCUAAAAAUAAUGAAAAAAGCUGCAUUAUUGUUAAUA